AAAAUACAGCAAACUCUACCGUUGGAGUUUUCUUUUUUAAAAAAUCACCAACACCAAACACUUGUACAUUUCUGGACCUUUCCUACAGGUCUUUUUACAUUGAAUGAUUUAAUCAUCGAAGACCAAUUUACCGAGUUUUUAGAGUAAUCAUCAUAUUCUGUAAUUAACAAGUACGGAAAUAAGAUAUUUGCUAUUUUUACAAAUAUUCAUUAUCCCAAAGAGCACAUAAGCUUCUAUUACACUUCAAAGAAAAUACAUCAUCAACAAAGAAUAAUAAUUUUAUAGUAUCAUCAUGAGUAACAAUAAUAAUAAUAAUACAUCAUCAAAUAACAAUUCAGAAUUCAAAAUGCCACCUCCACCAAACAUGAAUAAUAUUACUUCUUCUUUAAAGUCAGGCACGGCAUCAAUCAUUUUGAACAAGGGAAAUAACCAAGGAUCUGUUUCGCCUUCUUCUUCUUCUUCAAACUCAACAGCUCCUCCAAUACAAUUAGGUCAAGGAAUAGGUUCCAAUCAAUCAUCUGAAGGUUUGGUCAAGACGAUUAUGCACAAAAUGCCAAUAUUUCACUCGAGAACUAAAAGCUUUGGAGGUACUGCAACAACCUCUAUGGGAACUAUUUCCACUCCAAAUAAUAGAGGUAGUUUAAAGAUGGAUCAACCAGUAUCAUUGACAAUUUCUUCUGCUUCUCCAACAACUACAUCUUCCUCACAAUCACCCUUCCCAAAUACAAAUUCGGGAUCAAAUCAAGUUAAUAGUAGCCUUCCUCCAUCAACUUCUGGAAAUAAUAUUACACAAUUUGCAAUUGUGAAAAGUACUUCAACUCCUUUGAUUCCAACCUCUUCGAGUGGGACACUUCCGAAUAGUACCUCCACUCCAAAUAUUUCUACAAUUGAUGCAAGCCCUCUAGUACCUCCAAGCAAUUCUCAACAACAUAAUCAAUCUAAACAUUUGGCAUUUACCUUUACAAACUUUUCAAAUGUUCCUAGUGUUUUAACAAACCAUUUAUGUAUGGCUCACCAAGAGAAAAAAGCUAAAGAUGAGCAACGUAUCAGUCGAUCCACCAGUGAAAAUAGUAAUUUGUCAACCAUUACAAGCGAAUCAAAUGGAGGUUCUGAGAGUGAUAGUAGUAUCCCUUCAAUUUCACCAUCCAUGAGUCUUCACAACAUUUCUUCAACAUCAAGCUCUUCAGGAUUUUUAGAAUACAAAUCCAAAGCUGUAUGUUUUCCUUGCUAUGAAGGAAGUCCACUUCAACAAAUUGGAUAUUUACCAAGUGCUUUACAAAUUCAAAAUGGAACACCACUUUCACAUUCCACAAGUAAUCCAACACUUUCACACUCUAACAGUGGAAGUAAUAUUAAUACAUUGGCCAGUUCCACUUCCAUCCCAUCUGGAUUAUCUAGAAGUAAGAGUAGAGAUAGCGGAAUUGCAUCCUCAUUAGCAGAAGCCAAUAAGAAUAAUACAUUUUGGAAAAAUACUAGUAAUGACCCACAUUACAUUUACAAGUACAAUGUUUCAGAAGUAAUGACUUACAUUUCCAAUAACAGUAGCUCAGGAAUGACCAAUCCUUCAAAUGCAAACUCAUUACUUUAUCAUGAUAUUGUUCUCUAUUAUAGAGAUAAGAGUAAGAAUACUGAAAAGAGUACUGAUUCUAAAACAAAACAACCAGGUACACCGUCCAAGACAUCUUCCUUCCCUAAUUCAGUUUUUAUCAAAGAUCUUUCAAUGAAUGGACUUACUUUCCAUGGUACAAGAAUCAACACUCGUCAUCAAAAAUACGAUCCAGUCAAUGUUUUGACACAUUUGAACUAUUACUUACAACUUUAUAACUCUAAGGUACAAAAGAAUUUUUCUCUUUUCUACAAUGUAUAUAGAUUACAUUAUGAUCCAAAGACUGGUGCUGUAUCUAAUCCAAGUAUUGUAACACCAUCCCCUGAUGUUGAAGAAGUAACCUUAAUUGCCUAUCCUUUUGUAGAAUAUCCAUAUCUCGAUCCUACUGAUGAAAAACAUGGUGAAAAGAUGGCUUGCCUACCUCCAAGACAUACCAGUAAUUUUGUUGCUGAAUCUCUUUUCCAUUUUAUCUUUUUAGAAUCUAAAGGAACAUUUGUUUUUGAAGCAAACGAAAUGUUCUGUUAUGGCAGUUAUCUUUUCGGAAAAUUCGAUUGUAGAAUAUUUGAUAAUGGUGGAGGUGCCUCAGCUAAGAAAUCUAUCAAAUCACCAACCGAGUUGACCGAGCCAAGUUCUCCUCAAUCUAAAAAAUCUAACGACAGCAACAACUUUUCCGAGUAUACAGAAGUGAAGAGAUUCUUCUCCAAACAUCAAUGUAAUGACCUUUGCAAAGAUCUCAAUCUUCUCAAACAUCCAUCCCAAAUGGACUAUUAUAGACAAGCUGAACAAUCCAUCUUUAAAUUCCUUAAUCACCAUGUCACCUCUGUCCAACAAUCCCAAUCAGAUUCUGAAUCAAAUGCCUCUACAAGUGUAAUUCCUUUUAUUUGGCGUGACCCACUUCAAGUAACACCAAAGAAAAAGACUCAUGGCAUUUCCCCAAAUACAAUGCCUCCUCCAGGAAGUACUCCAGGUAACAAUAACAAUACCACAGCAAAUCCAACAGAAUCUCCAUCACAAUCCAUAUUCGAUUUUGAAAAGAAGCAACUCCCACUUGCUAUCAGCUGUGCUCAAGAAAGAGGAAAGAGAAACUAUAUGGAAGAUCGUGUUUAUUUUGUAAAUAAGUCAUUUGAAAAUUUCCACAAUCAAAAAGCUGCAGUACUUUGUGUAUUUGAUGGACAUGGUGGUGCUGAAUGUGCUGACUAUUUGUAUCAAAACUUUAUCUAUCACUUGGAAAAUUAUCAAUCAUUGGUAUUUAAUAUCCAUGAGCCAAUAUUCUCCAGAAGAGAUCUUCUUGAGUAUGCAUUCAUUAAGGUUGAUGAACAAUAUCGUGAAAAGGUUAUAGACCAAUAUAGAACCAAUCUCUCUGUUAAAAAGGGUGUUCCUUCUCCAAGAACAACUAGUGGUAUUAUGGCAUGUGCUGGUUCAACAGGCUGCACUGUGUUUAUCACUGCUAGUGAGGAGGAAGCCAAUACAUACUAUGUAACUUGCGCAAACGUUGGUGAUAGUCGUGCUUUUAUGAUUCACUUGUCAAAGAUUAUUCCUCUCUCCAGUGAUCAUAAACCAACCUAUGAACAAGAAAAGAGAAGAAUUGAAAUGUUUGGAUCUCGUGUUGAAAAUAAUCGUGUUUGUGGAUUGGCUGUUUCUAGAACAUUUGGAGAUUAUUAUGCAAAGAAUAAUCCAGAUCCAACAAGUACCAAUGGUGCAAUCAAUGUUGGUCUCACUCAACCAAUUCAAAAUACUAAUUUAAGAAAGCAAGCAGUUGUUGCUCUCCCUGAGGUUGUAAAGCACAAGAUUCACUUGGAAAAACCUAAAAAGGUAGUUGAAAAACGUAAGGAUGACAAAGAUGGAAAGGAUGUAAUGUUUUCAAGUGUUACUCCAAGUUUACCAACCUUAAUCGUCAUAGCUAGUGAUGGUUUGUUUGAUGUAAUGAACAACAGUGAUGUUGCUGAUUAUAUUUACAAACAAUACUAUCAUCAUCGAGUUAAAGAUUUCAAUAUCAUUGCCAAAAACUUGGUAAAUCAUUCUAUUUUCAAUAGAAAUAGUGGUGACAACGUAAGUGUCAUUAUUGCAAGUUUGCAUUAUGUACAACCAGAUCAAUAAAUUGUAAUAAAUAUUUUACAAUUU